AUGAGCAUGCGACGAGCAGCAUUCGGUCGAUUUGCUGGUGCACAGAGUUCCGAGGCCGCACGACGUGAGCAGAUGAAACCAGUCUCUUGCUGGGAAAAACAAUGGGUCCUACCUACGGGCUCUCUCCCCGACUCCGAGUUUAAGGUACUAAAGUGGGUAAAGGUUGACAAGGCACAGGAGUUUAGUGAUGACGAGCUCGAAGAGGACGCGCCUUUGGUUCCCAUUUUGGACAUUCCUGAAACGGCUGACGAUGACGACGAAGACACAGGGACUCCCACACGAGGUCUAGGCGAUUCUAGAAUCUCUUCAGAGCAACCUGCGGAUCCUACCGAGACCGAAUCAGAUCCACAAUCCCCAGUUCCUUCAGCAUUGCCAACUCGUGGACCUCGCAAGCCCACCCGUUAUCCAUGUCACAGCUCCCAGAAGACGACCCAGCCAAUGCACAGCCAUCCACUGACAUUGACUCCACGAUGCCCUCGGCAGUUGAUAACACUCCAGACGCCCCCAAUGCCUUCACUGGGCAACAGUUUCCCUGAACAGGACGAUGUCAGUCUUGGGCUUGGACUAAUGGACCAGGGUGCAGAAGACGUGUUGAUGGGCAUGAACGACCCAGACAUAGCCCAGAUAGCUCAACAACACAUUAUCGAGGAUGCGCCGGCCUUUGGGACACCCCCGGCCGAGGAUGGUAUCCUCAUGCAAAACGCUGUGCUUGAGGACGGGAAGCUGGUGGAGGAUACGGGUGUAGAUAUGAUUUUACAAUUUCGACCGCCCAAUUCACUCGAAAUACGCGAGGGCGGAGAAAUCGUAGUAUCGUUCGAUGAUAAUCUUCAGACAGUCAAAGUCCGAUCUGCCUCCCAGGGCCAAGGUCCAGAGAAGGAUGGUUUCACUUUCGACCGUGUGUUCCCUAUGGGGACGAAGCAACAUGAAGUCUUUGACUAUGGCGUCCGCGGUAUCGUUAAGGAUGUCAUCAAUGGAUACAACGGCACUGUGUUCGCUUACGGCCAAACCGGAUCCGGCAAGACUUUUACCAUGAUGGGUGCCGACAUUGAUUCCGAUGAUCUGAAGGGUAUUAUUCCGCGAAUUACUGAGCAAAUCUUUACCUCCAUUGUCGAGUCCGAUGCACACCUCGAGUACCUCGUCAAAGUUUCUUAUAUGGAAAUCUAUCUGGAGCGCAUCCGUGAUCUGCUGGCGCCCCACAACGACAACUUGCAAGUUCACGAAGAGAAGAACAAGGGUGUUUACGUUAAGAAUCUUUCGGACUACUAUGUCAGCAACGCAAAGGAGGUCUACGAAAUCAUGCGCCAGGGUGGCCAAGCACGGGUUGUAACAGCAACGAAUAUGAACGCGGAAAGUUCACGAUCUCAUUCGAUUUUCCUGAUUACUAUUCAGCAGAAGAAUAUCGAGACUGGCGCGAUGAAAACGGGUAAUCUUUACUUGGUCGAUUUGGCUGGUUCCGAGAAAGUCGGAAAGACUGGUGCAAGCGGUCAGACACUAGAAGAAGCGAAGAAAAUCAACAAGUCGCUAUCCGCCCUGGGAAUGGUGAUUAACGCGUUAACUGAUGGAAAAUCCAGUCAUAUCCCUUAUCGUGAUUCGAAAUUGACUCGUAUUCUUCAAGAGUCAUUGGGAGGUAACUCUAGGACUACCCUGGUCAUCAACUGCUCUCCAUCUUCUUACAAUGAAACCGAGACAUUGUCCACCCUCCGAUUCGGAAUGCGUGCUAAGAGCAUCAAAAACACUGCACGCGUAAACGCAGAGUUGUCUCCGGCGGAGCUGAAAGGUCUUUUGAAAAAGGCUCAAGCGGCAAAUUCCACUGGUCGACCAAUCGGACUGGGCACUUCCGGAGAAGUCAGGGCAUCCAACCUGCCUGGAGCUGGCCCACCGGCCGCGGGCGCCGGUAAACGCGCCCCAGUAUCACCUCCGCCAACCGGCACCUCUCGCAGCAUGACUCCCAUCAACCCCACGAUUGAGAGUUUGCGCGGAGUGAUCGAUUCUCGCCCGCAAACGCCGACGGUGCUCGGUCUGGAGAAGGAUGAAAGGGAAGAAUUCCUGAAGCGGGAGAAUGAGCUUACUGAUCAAUUGGCCGAAAAGGAAACUACAUUGUCAGCACAAGACAAACUCCUCAAGGAAAUUCGGGAGGAGCUUGCGUUCCUUCGCGAACAGGAAGCGACGAGCUCGAAGGAGAACCGCAGCCUUUCCACUGAACUCAGCAACUUACGAUUGGAUAACGAGCGCCUUGCGUUUGACCUCAAGGAGUUGGAGAUCAACCACGAACAAGCUACGGAGAAGAACAAGGAGCUCGUGAAGGAGAAUGACGAGUUGCGUGCCGAGAAGAUGGCCUUGAUGAUGGCCCAGUACGAUACGGGUGCAAUUUCAGAGAAAGAUGAGCAACUUCGUGCGAUGGUCACCAAACUUGACGGCAUCGAUUCGGCGGAAGGAGUCUCAUCUCUCAGCUACGAUGAUAUCCAAUCUAUCCGACGACAGCUCGUUGAUGCUCAGAACGCGGCACACGAUGCUAUUGAACGCCUCCAUCAGGUGCAACACGAGAAUGAGAUGAUAGUCCGUCGGCGGGAUGAGGUUGAGCAGAAGCUUGCCACGGUUGAAGCCGAUUACGAAGACCUAUUCGGCAAGUUCUACUCCCCGUCGUUUCAAGUAGCCAAAUUGGAGGCCCAAUACGCAGCGAAGCGGGAGGCGCAUGCCACUGAGCUCAAUGAACUGAAACAGCAACUUGAGCAGAAGAGCAACGACAUCCGUCUGAUGAACAACACUGUGGAGACGCUCAAAGGUGUCAAUGAUGAACUUAAGCGUGCCUUUGCUGCCACAUCUGCUGGUAUUGAAGGCGGGAAGGAUCUCGCCGAGAGCGCGAAGGAUCUUGAGCGCACGCGUAAGGGCCUGACCCUGCAAAUCACAGAGUUUGAAGGUUUGAAGAAAGGACUUGUUCGAGAUCUUCAAAAUCGCUGUGAGAAGGUUGUUGAGCUUGAGAUUCAGUUGGAUGAGUUGAAGGAGCAGUACAAUAACGUGAUUCGUAAUAGCAACAGCAAGACUCAACAAAAGAAGAUGGCGUUCUUGGAGCGUAACUUGGAGCAGCUGACACUUGUCCAGAAGCAGUUGGUGGACCAGAACUCUCAGCUCAAAAAGGAAGUUGGGAUCGCCGAAAGGAAGCUUUUGGCGCGUACUGAGCGCAUACAGAACUUGGAGGCCCUGCUCCAAGACGCAGAUAGGCGAUUGGCUGUUCAGAACCAGAAGUUUGAAGAACAACUCGCAGCAGUCAAGGAUCGGCUAGAACAAGCUCGAACGACCAAAACUACCACGAGUAUCACGAACUUUGGCAGGAUCGCUAAGCCUCUGCGUGGAGGCGGCGGAAACGCGCAAUCUACCUCCACUCCUGCGUCAGGUUCGUUCAGUGCCAGCCCAUUGGGACGCGUACAAGCCGAGGAAACCAGCUCAUCAUCCAAGCGAGCAAGCUGGUUCUUCAAAGGUUGA